AUGAAACUCACCUUAGAUCUCGAGGGUGAUCUGGGAGCUGGCGCAUCUCUAACGGCUAUGUAUGAGGCAGCAUUCAUCUACAUCACCAAUCCUAAGGCCGUCUCUGAACUCACACUCGUUGUAUUUUUCAUAUACAGUCCCUUUCUGAACAACAUCUGCCAAGAUCCGCAAGAUGCAAACUCGUCUUAUGUCACGGAACGACAUAAGGAGUGCAGUACCUAUGCCAUUACGCUACCAAAAGUCACGGGUAAUAACGGCGAAAUACCCCCCUUCGACUCAUGCAAUGCCCACGUCGAGCAGUGGUACAGGAACAAAGGCCAGGGACAGAACGACCUGAGGUUUCACAUCGAGGUUACAGACGUCGAGCUUCGCAUGUUCUUCAAGGAGCAAGACUGGACUAUCAAGGAUGGGGAGGUCAAGAAUCUCGGGAACGGCACGAGUAUGUUGUUGCCAUACUAUCUUCUCUUCACCGCCGGUUUCGGGGGCACCGACUUUUUUCAGUUUGCCUACACGGGUUAUGAGUUUUCUAGCGCCAAGGGCUGCGACAUUACUGAAAAGGUGGACCACCGCGUUGCGGACUGCCGGUUCAAAUGCAAGUUUCAGGAAAACCCCCAGUAGUGUCGCGAGCCUCGCCUUUGAAAGCCUGGGAUCAACAUGGCAGCACUCAAUACCGAUUUAAAUAGAAUUUGCUACCUUGAUAAUUCGAUGACGACAGGAGUGUUGCUGGAGGCAGCG